AUGAAUGAUCUAUAAAAAAUACAAAAUGAAAACAUUAAUAGUGCAUAUGUUUCUUUUGCAAAACGUUACAAACCUAGAAAUGCAUCUCUUGCUUAAUAACAUACAAUUAACAAUCCAAUUUAAAUUUAACCUUCUAAGAAAAUGACUAAACCUCAAUACUUAACUUCAACCAGAAAUAAUUAAUCCUUUUAAGAACAUUUUACAGCAUUACCUGUUAUACUUUAAAGUCUAAAAAGUAAUUAGUAUGCUUUCAACUAAUUUUCCCCUCUUGAUUGUAAACAAAAGGAUCCAUAUUUUAAGAAUUGGAAUCAAAAAUUUGAUUAAUUGCUAUGUGGAACAUUACGUAAAAUUAAUAUUAACUAACAAUAAAGACUAUUAAAUUAAUCAUUUACUUAGGAAGAACAAAUCUAAAUGAUUAAAAUUUUCAAAGAAAAACCACCUUAUUAUUUUAAAAAAAAUAAGUAGAGAUCAUAUAAAAAUAAAGAUCUUGAUCAAGAUUUUGCAAUUCAUGAUAUAUCUUAAUAUUUUUACAAACUCUAAGAUUGA